AUGGAAUUUACAAAGGCUGACUACCUCAAAAUGAUCGGACAGAUGGGAAAAGUCAGGGAUGAAUACAUGUUUGAAAGCCUUCAGGAGGCCAGUGCAUUCAUCAAUUUCAUCAAUACAGGCAAGACCGAGGAAGACUGGAUAGAGUUGUCACCUGGUGACCGCAGCGCAUUCAGAGUGAAGAAUCCAGAUGAUUUCCUUCGCCAAUCAGAUUUCUGUGUUGAUGAGUUCUUGCCAGAAAAUGGAUGGUCGUCAGAUCCAGAAUGGGCAAGCCUGCCUGCUCUCUACAUGGCCUUCAUGAAGAGAAUCAUUGCGGUGGAUCCAGAACGCGAUUCCUUUUUGCACAAGGCCAUUGAGGAAGUUGUAUUGCGGAACUAUGCUCCAGUCGCAAUCAAUCCAGAUGAUAGGUGUCACAUUGGACACAUACUACACGGUCUGGUGGCAAUUGCAAGGAGCCACAGCCGGACUUGGUCCCGGGAGAUCUUGAUUCUGGAUUUGUCGGAUUACAAGAGGACGAGACUUCUCAAUAUCCUGCAGGAUGGUGCCACUUUGAUGUUGGGCAUAGUUUGCUCAAGCACACAUUGGGCAUUGGCUGCUUUGCAGUCUGGAAUCAAUGGCGUGGUGAUCUAUGACGGACAGCGCAACCACAUAGUUUACCAGAAGAUAGUGGCUUGGUCGAGGGAGGCCUUGCACCCCAAUGGAGUGAAUGUCACAGUGGUGGAUACCCCACAGCAGAAAGAUGAUAUCACGUGUGGGCAUCGUGUGCUUCUAGCUGCUGAAUACAUCAUACGGCAGACCAGCGGCAAUCCUGCAAUGUCACUGCCUCUUGCUUUGCCCGAGGAUUUUGCUUCGAGAAAGAACCUCCAGCGAUUGGCUACUUUGGUGGACGUUCGCAAUCCUGCAAUGAAACGGGAAAUCAAGCAGGAGCAGAGCAAACCUAUCCCUCCCGUAAAGCGAUUGAAGUCCGAGACCAUGGAGUUCGUAGACACCCC